GGCUUUGCAACGUAUCUGCUUCCCUGCUUGCACAUGCCAUGGCACUAAUGGAGGCUGCUCUACCAUGCAGCGUCAGGAGCCUCGGCCGCGCGGAAGCGCGGCCUUACCAGGCUGGCAUCUUCGCGCAUGAGCCUGCUCAAACCCGGCCACUGGCUGCAAGGCCGGAGCGUUGCUUCGCCGCUUUUGCAGUUGCUGCUUCCAGCUGGGCGCAAAGGCGACCCAAGGUGCGCCGGCAGGCCGAGGAUGAAGAGGCGGCCGCGCAGUUGGCGGCGCUAGAGGCAGAGUUGGAGGCCUUGGAGGAUGUGGCUGAGGACGAGAUAAAGAAGAAAGCAGACGAAGAUGAGGCUGCAACUUUGGAAAAGAUCAACAAGCGCUUCGAGACAGCGAGACCAGGUUUGAACUCCGAGGUGACUGCUGGCAGGGGUGCAGAGUCCCUGGGUGUGGAGGGCCGAGUGGCGGUCUGCGGCUGCGGAGAGACGCUACAGCUGCUGGUGGAGCGGCUGAAGAAGGAGGCAUCCGAGAACCAGCAGCCGGUUGUUUUAGACUUGGAGGAGGUUUCCAGGAUGAAGUUCGAGGACCUGGAUGAGGCUCUGAAGGACUGUACCGCUGCGGUGGUUUGCCCGGACCCGCAGCAGGCCUCAGAGGCAGCCUUGGAGCGGGCCAAGCUGGGCUUGCGGGCAGUCUUGGGCAGCUGCCCUGAGCAGCUCAGAAAGGUAGUGCUACUCAGCCACGUGGGUGCCCAGGAGGGUAAAGGAGGGUUCAACCUGGGGGCAUUUUUCAGCCAAAGUGAGGGCCCAUCCUGGUCAUCCAUCGAGGACGAGCUCACUUCAACCGCUCGAUCCAGAAGCGCCAGCAAAGCACUGUACCACGUCAUUGUGCGCGUUGGCGACCCCUCGCCAGACCACCGGAGGGGCAAGGUGCGGUGUGUGCCAGCUGACGAAAGCAUCGAAGGUUUUACCUCCCCAGAGACUGCUGCGGAGGCGAUUCUUCAGGUCUUCAACCGCUCAGUGAACACUAGCUUCGCUGUGGUGGAGGAGGAUGGCGAUGAACAAGCCGACUGGGGUGAGUUGCUUCUUCCCUUCGUCGGGCCAGAGCUUUGGCGCUUGGAGGUGAAGAGCGUGACCCGGACAGUGCUUUUUCUGCAGCAGUGGUCCGACGAGUUCUUUGGCCCUGGCAAGAGCGCCUUGAAGCAUGGAGUCAAGACGCCUGUGCAAUUCGAGCGGACGCCUUCGGGGGUGCUCUUCAAAUUUCGGCCCUUGACAGAAAGGGAUGAGUCCUUUGAGAAUUUGGAGGAGGGUGGCAUCGAGUUUGUGGUAGAGGAGCCUGAGUCGUGUCCUGCCCGAGUGCGGGCUCGCCGCUGCUGCUACGGAUGGAAGGUUAUUCCAAAGGAGAACUCCGAGCGCGCCCUGCUGGAGAAGUUCCAGAGGGACUGGAAAGAGGUUGAGCAGUGAGCCACAAGGCUUCCCCGGAGUGAAGAGUUUUUGUCAAGUGUAUCGAAUCAAAUACGACGCCCGUGGAAGAAGGCGACGCGACGGAUUCCUCUUGAUUUGCUG